CAUUCAUGCUAACAACGUAGGUAUACGUCGAAAAUCAAUCUAAGUGAUGUAGCACAUCGUUUUAUCACGCCGAAAUAAAAACAUGAGUAAAGCGUAGAACGUACAAGAACGUUGGAUAUCCGUAUAAAAAUCAUAAAACUACGUACUAGCGCCAUACCAUAUCUAAAUCUCGGACUUCUAGCGCCACUGGAAAUGUGUUUUAUUUCAUAAUGAUUCCCAGUCACUCACACAGUUACAAGUACCCACACCACAAACGCACAACGUCAUCACACGGUGACCUUUGUACGCGCCGCCAUACUGUCAGUGAGGCUGUUGCGCUCGCAGCGGGAACACGACGCAAACCAAUUACGCGCGAAAUCACCGUCAUGGAAAGUAAGAGGAAAUCUAAAAAAAGACGACCCAAAGGAAAAGACAAAAAUGAGACCUGCAAUAGAAAAAAUACGACGAAAUCUAUUGAAAUGGACACGGAGGAGAAACGACCACAACGGACGAACAAGGCUUCAAUGAAAAUGUUUGAAGAUAAUGUCUCGUCACGGCAAAGUACACCAGACCCAUGUAGCGACGAUGGAGAGUAUGGCUCCGAUGAAGAAUAUGAUCCUGCCUCUGACGAUUCAGACAGCAGUGUUGUUAGUGAUUUGGAAUUUUGUUGCAGACGCACUAAACCAUCGUUGGGGAGCAGGUCUGAGUCUGAAGUUGGUACAGAUAAUGACGAUGAUAACGAAACCGAUUCGUUUUCGGAAGCUUCAAGUAAUAGCAGUAUUUUUGACUCUCAUCGCCGCCACCGUUUAGCUCUUAAACGUUCCCAUUCAACCACUUCAAACAAUGGCACAAACAAACCUAAAACAAAACAGGCGAAAGUUGAACAUGCUGAUGACAGUGCAGACACAAUUUCUUUGCAUUCAGAAACUUUAAGGAACAACUUGGGUGAUAUAAAUGUUUUAGAAAUCUCAUCUUUGCUUCCUGACCCGACAGAAAUAGAAAAUAUGUCAAUUUGUACGAGAAAUCAGUCACCUCUGGCAUCGCCGCCGCCACCGGAUCCGGUUGAAGCUGAAAGAAAUGACUCACCUGCGUCGCCGCCGCCACCGGAUCCGGUUGAAGCUGACAGAAAUGACUCACCUGCGUCGCCGCCGCCACCGGAUCGGGUUGAAGCUGAAAGAAAUGACUCACCUGCUUCGCCUCCGCCACCGGAUUCGGUUGAAGCUGAAAGAAAUGACUCACCUGCGUCGCUGCCGCCACCGGAUCCGGUUGAAGCUGAAAGAAAUGACUCACCUGGUUCGCCGCCGCCACCGGAUCCUGUUGAAGCUGAAAGAAAUAACUCGCCCCGUGCGUCACUAAUGCCAUCAAGAUCUGAAGAUGCCCAAAGAAAUAAUCCGACCGGAAUCCCGGAAGAGGGUAAUGUUAGACAGUCUGGUAACGACAUUGAAGCUCCAAAUGACUGGGAAACUACAAAAGCGUUGUUUGAAUUUGAUGCCCUUUCUGCGGGUGCUCAAUUUAAUGUCGGCCCAGGUACGACGGUCAUAGAUGUUUUUCAUAAAACGUAUAUAAACGUAAAUUACUUAAAAUGCAAAUUAUGCACAAAAAAGAAAAUUAGAAAAGAAACUGGUCUAAGAUGCAAAGGCUGUGACGAUAAGCCAGCAUUAUGUUCUCUUUGUUUCGAAGAAUGGCAUAGCCAGGUAUAAUUUGUAGCUGUCUUGUCAGUUGUAUCUUAGAUACCAGGGUUUAAUCAGUGGUCAAUUGUUAAAUUUAAUUCUAAGUACAAAAAAUAUAUGUGUGAUCUCAUGGGCCAAGAUAUAAUCAAAGAUGCUUUUAGAUUUAAGUGCAAUUGCUAAUCAAGAAAUAUUAUUGUUAUAUCAAGACUGAUUAGUACGAAUUUAAAUAUUAGCUUUUCAGGAUAUUGUUAAUUAAAAACGUACAAUUAUAAUAUUAUUAGAUACCUAUAAAUAGGUUAAUUAUUCUAGUAUGAAGCUAUAUCCUAAAUUGUGAGACUGAUUAAGAAAAAAUAAUAAAAACAAACAUAACCUUUAGUGUUUUAUUGACUGAAUAAUACCUAAAAACUACAUAACAAUGCUUAAGUACUGAAAAAUAACGAAACGUAUAUUAUGUACGUCCUUGUUCAUUAAAAAAAUAAACUUGAUGCAAUGUUUUGUAGCACUACAUGAAUAACCGUCAACGUACAUAAGCGUCCCUUUGUAUUAAAAACGUGUAUUAGCAAUUUCUUACAGCAGAACGUAAACAUACGUUAACGUACACGUGCGUUUCGGUAUUACUAGCUAAUAUGAAAACUAUGCUCUGAAACACAGCGUACACCAACGUUACCGUGAUAAAACGUUGUUACAUAAGCACAAAAUUUAAAAAACUUUUUGUGACACAACGGUUAUAAACGUUAACGUUUAUACACGUUCUAGUAUUUCUGGCGAGUGUAUUAACUAAACUAGAAAGCACAACGUAUAUUCACGGUACCGUGAUAACACGUGGCUACUUAUUCAAUAGAUAAAAUACAUGUUUAGUGGCACAACGCCUAUAAACGUUGACGUGUUAUGACGUUAGGUCUUUAAUAGACAAGCAAAAUGUUUAUGAACUAUGCCGGAACGUAUAUAUACGUUGACGUAUAAUUACGUUCUUUUUGUAAUUCAGGGUGCAAUCUUUAUUUUGUGUGACGAAACGUAUGUAUACGUUGACGUUAUACAACGUUAGUGUGAAGAUGUAUGUAUGAUAAUUAUUUUAUAUUUCUCGGGACGUGUAUGAACGUCGUUUAAUUUUGUAUGGAAAGACCAUGCGCAACGCCUCAUCUGACGGACUUAGUGGGAUGCUUGCAUGAACGUGU